AUGUAUCCGGAUCAACUGAAGCAAACAUCUUCGUGGUGGAGUGGAGCACCAUGGCUUAGCCAACCCUCUCGUUUUUGGCCACCGCUAUCCUGCCAAAUUACCGUCGAUUCCCUACCGCCAGAACUGCUGGAGGAAAAGGCUGUCUCAUUGCCAAUCCAAGUGUACCAACCAAAUAAAAUUUUCUUCAUUCGAUCAUCGUUCUCAGCUCUCGUUUGUAUUGUUGCCCUACUUUGCCGCUUCAUUCACAACAGCAAGCUCAGCAACCGCAGUAGUCGGAGAUCAGGUUUGCUAUGCACUAUGGAGCUCAAUGAAGCCGUGAAGGUCCUUGUUCGACUAGCACAGUCAGAAGUAUUCGCUCAAGAUAUCGCUGCAAUGUCCAAGGGCGGUCAAGUGGGACCGAAAUCAGCUCUGAAACAUCACACUUCAAUUAUCGUCGAUGGGAUCCUCAGAAUUCGUGGCCGACUUCGACAUACGGCCAUAUCUCUAGAUCGGAAACAUCCAAUAAUUCUGCCGGCGCGACAUCCCAUCACGAAAUCGAUACUCAACUACUAUCACCUAAAGAAUUUACACGCCGGACCUCAACUGCUUGUAGCAUGCGUUCGGGAAAAAUUCUGGCUACUUCGCAUCCGCGAUUUGGCACGAAGUAUAGCGCAUUCCUGCAUAAGCUGCUUUCGUUGCCGUCCUCGAAACCUCGAGCAACUCAUGAGAGAUCUACCUCCAAAGAGAGUUACAGCAAUCUUCGUGUGCUUUGUCGCAUAG